AUGUAUAUCUCAAUGAGAACCACAAAGUCCCUCCUGGCCAGCCUUUUGCUGGGGCAGGCCAUUGCGCACCCUGGCUGUCCCGGUCCUGAUAUAUCGACAUUCGACAACGCAACUACCAUCGAACGCGAUGUUGCUAUAAUCGGAGGCGGAGCUUCUGGCACCCACGCUGCCAUCCAGCUCCGUAAGAUGGGCCACAGCGUCGUGGUGGUCGAAAGGGAACCCCUCCUAGGCGGCCACACCAAUACCUACCUCGAUCCAGUCAGCGGCCAGCAUAUCGACUACGGCGUCCUGAUCUGGCAGAACAUCCCCGAGGCAAGAGACCUCCUCGCCCACUUCAACAUCUCCACGACCACCGUGCAAUUCGGACGCUCCAAUAGUGCCCGCGUCGAUCUGCGCACGGGACAAACUGUGCCCCCGCCGCAGGGCAAUGUGACCGACGCCAUGAUGCGGUAUGCGAUGCAGCUGCUCCAGUAUCCCUAUCUCGAGGAGGGAUGGAACCUUCCUGACCCUGUGCCGGAGGACCUACUGCUCCCAUUCGGGGAGUUUGUGAAGAAAUACGACCUCGCAGCGGCUGUGGAGACCCUUACGCUGUAUGCGCAAGGUCUCAAGGACUGGCUGCAGUGCCCGACCAUAUAUAUGAUGAAGCAGUUCAGUCUGGGGGUGGCGCUGGGCGCGCAGAAUGGGUUCCUGGCCUCGGUGGACGGCAACAACGGGGCCUUGUAUGAAGCUGCGCAAAAGGAACUGGCCGCUGAUGCAUUGCUCAGCAGUACUGUGGUUAGCAUGGAGCGUCCAGCAGACCGUCCGCAUCGGAUUCUGGUCCGAACUCCAAAGGGCUACCAACUGAUCAAAGCCAAAAAGACCAUCAUCACUGCUCCGCCGAAGCUGGAAAAUCUGGUGAAUUUCGAUCUAGACGAUACCGAGCGUGGCGUCUUUGGCCAGUUCGAAAAUGCCUUCUACUACACCACUGUGGUCAGAGUCCCAGGUCUACCAGCCGGGCUUGACAUCAUCAACCGCGCUGCUGACACGCCGUACAAUAUCCCUCAUCUGCCGGGAGUGUACGCCAUGUUGCCGUCUCGCGUCCCAGACAUCUACACGAUCUUCUAUGGUGGCGGGGAGGCCAAGACCGAGGACGAGGUGAAGAAGAGCAUCAGAGACGGUGUGAUGAUGCUACGUGAAGCACAAUUCAACACCUCCGAGCCUGAGAUCCUGACCAUCAGCAACCACAGUCCAUUCGCCUUGUUCGUCUCGGCCGACAAAAUCGCAAAGGGCUUCUAUAGGGACCUCUAUGCGUUGCAGGGACAGCGGAACACGUACUAUACCGGCGCUGCGUUCCAUACGCAUGACUCUGCUGCCGUCUGGAGGUUUACGGACAACCUGUUGAAGACUAUGUUUGUUUGA